AGAUUGCAGUUCUAGAAGAUAGAGACCCGGGAGAGUUUGCCUUUCGCCAUGGCUCAGUUUGGAGGACAGAAGAAUCCCCCUUGGGCUACUCAGUUUACAGCCACUGCAGUAUCUCAGCCAGCUGCUCUUGGUGUGCAGCAGCCAUCGCUGCUUGGAGCCUCUCCCACAAUAUACACCCAGCAGACGGCGCUGGCAGCAGCAGGUCUCACGACACAAACUCCAACCAACUACCAGCUCACUCAGACAGCUGCUUUACAGCAGCAGGCUGCAGCUGCAGCAGCUGCCCUACAGCAGCAAUAUUCACAACCUCAGCAGACUCUCUAUAGUGUACAGCAACAGUUGCAGCAACCUCAGCAGACCCUUUUAACUCAGCCAGCUGUUGCACUUCCUACCAGUCUCAGCCUGUCUACUCCUCAACCAGCUGCUCAGAUAACAGUUUCUUACCCAGCACCCCGCUCAAGUCAGCAGCAAACCCAGCCACAAAAGCAGCGCGUCUUCACUGGGGUGGUUACUAAGCUACAUGACACAUUCGGUUUUGUGGAUGAAGAUGUCUUUUUUCAACUUAGUGCUGUUAAAGGAAAGACACCUCAGGUGGGUGACAGAGUUUUGGUAGAAGCUACUUACAAUCCUAAUAUGCCAUUCAAAUGGAAUGCACAAAGGAUCCAGACACUUCCAAAUCAGAACCAGACGCAGGCCCAGCCGCUGCUGAAGACCCCUCCGGCAGUCCUGCAGCCCAUGGCGCAGCAAACUGCCUUCAGCGUACAGGCACAGCCCCAGCCACAGUCCUUGCUGCAGGCACAGAUCUCAGCAGCUUCCAUCACACCCUUGCUUCAGACACAGCCUCAGCCACUGCUGCAGCAGCCACAGCAGAAAGGUGGUUUGUUACAGCCCCCUGUUCGUCUAGUUUCACAGCCUCAGCCAGCUCGAAGAUUAGACCCACCAUCCAGAUUUUCUGGGAGGAAUGACAGAGGAGGAGACCCUAUGCCAAACCGAAAAGAUGACAGAAGUCGUGAAAGAGAACGAGAGAGACGUAGGUCCCGGGAAAGGUCACCUCAGAGAAAACGCUCCAGAGAGAGAUCACCCAGACGGGAGAGGGAGAGGUCGCCUCGCAGACCGCGACGCGUUGUUCCUCGCUACACGGUUCAGUUUUCCAAGUUUUCAUUGGACUGCCGUAGCUGCGAUAUGAUGGAGCUGAGGAGGCGUUACCAGAACUUGUAUAUCCCAAGUGAUUUCUUUGAUGCUCAGUUUACAUGGGUGGAUGCUUUUCCUAUGUCUAGACCAUUUCAGCUGGGAAACUACUGUAAUUUCUACGUAAUGCAUAGAGAAGUAGAUCCCAUAGAUAAAAAUGCUGCUGUCCUUGAUCCACCCGAUGCUGAUCAUCUAUACAGUGCAAAGGUGAUGUUGAUGGCUAGUCCUAGUAUGGAAGAUCUCUAUCACAAGUCAUGUGCUCUGGCUGAAGACCCCCAAGAACUUCGGGAUGGAUUUCAGCAUCCUGCUAGACUUGUAAAGUUUUUAGUGGGUAUGAAAGGCAAAGACGAAGCUAUGGCUAUUGGAGGACACUGGUCCCCAUCACUGGAUGGACCUGAUCCAGAAAAGGACCCUUCUGUGCUGAUAAAGACGGCUAUUCGUUGUUGCAAGGCUCUGACAGGAAUUGACUUAAGUGUGUGCACACAAUGGUACCGUUUUGCAGAGAUUCGCUACCAUCGCCCUGAGGAGACCCACAAGGGGCGUACAGUUCCAGCUCAUGUGGAGACAGUGGUUUUAUUUUUCCCGGAUGUUUGGCAUUGCCUUCCCACCCGCUCAGAGUGGGAAACCCUCUCCCGAGGAUACAAGCAGCAGCUGGUCGAGAAGCUUCAGGGUGAACGCAAGGAGGCUGAUGGAGAACAGGAUGAAGAGGAAAAGGAUGAUGGGGAAGCCAAAGAGAUCUCUACACCUACGCAUUGGUCUAAACUGGAUCCAAAAACAAUGAAGGUAAAUGACCUUCGUAAAGAGUUAGAAAGUCGAACCCUUAGCUCUAAAGGACUGAAAUCCCAGUUGAUAGCUCGACUGACAAAGCAGCUGAAAGUAGAGGAACAAAAAGAAGAGCAAAAGGAGCUGGAGAAAUCUGAAAAAGAAGAGGAAGAGGAGGAGGAUAGGAAAUCUGAAGAUGACAAAGAGGAAGAGGAAAGAAAACGUCAAGAGGAAAUGGAACGUCAGCGGCGGGAGAGACGAUACGUCUUGCCUGAUGAACCAGCAAUCAUUGUACAUCCAAACUGGGCAGCCAAGAGUGGGAAGUUUGACUGUAGCAUUAUGUCUCUUAGUGUUCUUCUGGACUAUAGAUUAGAAGAUAAUAAAGAACAUUCCUUUGAGGUAUCAUUGUUUGCAGAACUCUUCAAUGAAAUGCUUCAGAGAGAUUUUGGUGUCCGAAUUUACAAAGCACUGAUUUCUCUCCCAGAGAGGGAGGACAAAAAAGACAAAAAAAGCAAAAAAGAUGAGAGAAAAGAAAAAAAAGAAGAAAAAGAUGAUGAAACAGAUGAUCCAAAACCUAAGAGGAGAAAAUCUGGAGAUGAUAAAGACAAAAAAGAAGAUAGAGACGAAAAGAAGAGGGAAGAUAAGAAGAAAGAUGAUUCUAAGGAUGAAGAAGAAACUGAAGAUGACAAUAAUCAAGAAGAAUAUGAUCCAAUGGAGGCAGAAGAUGCUGAAGAUGAAGAUGAAGACCGGGAUGAAGAGGAAAUGAACAAACGGGAGGACAGAAGAGAGGGAAACAGGCAUUGUAAAGAGAGGUCAUCUAAAGAUAAAGAGAAAGACAAGACGCAGAUGGUGACUGUUAAUAGGGAUCUUCUGAUGGCUUUUGUUUAUUUUGAUCAAAGUCAUUGUGGAUAUCUUCUGGAGAAGGACAUGGAGGAGAUACUGUACACUCUUGGACUACACCUGUCACGUGCUCAGGUCAAGAAGCUUCUUAAUAAAGUAGUGCUUAGAGAAUCGUGCUUUUAUAGAAGACUAACAGAUACUUCUAAAGAUGAAGAAAAUCAAGAGGAAUCAGAAGAGCUGCAGGAAGAUAUGUUAGGAAACAGAUUACUGUUACCAUCACCUAGUAUAAAGCAAGAAUCAAAAGCUGUAGAAGAAAAUGUUGGCCUCAUUGUGUACAAUGGAGCUAUGGUGGAUGUUGGGAGCCUUCUACAGAAGCUGGAGAAGAGUGAAAGAGUGCGGGCAGAGAUAGAACAAAAGCUUCAGUUACUGGAAGAAAAAACAGAUGAGGAUGAAAAGACCAUACUGCAAUUGGAGAAUUCUAACAAAAGUCUGUCCAUGGAGCUCAAAGACGUGAAAAAGGACCUUGGCCAACUGCAGGAAAAUUUGAAGAUCUCAGAUGAUAAGAAUUUGCAAUUUGAGGGUCAGCUGAAUAAGACAAUCAAAAAUUUAGCUACAGUUAUGGAUGAAAUACAGAGUGUUCUUAAACAGGAGAUAGUGAAGAAUGAAGAUAAAGAUCAGAAAUCCAAAGAAAAUGGAGCAAACGUAUGAUAAAACUGCUGCUGUUUAGAAGAACGGUGUUACAUAAUGUAAUAUAAAUCAUGAUACCAGAAUGUAUGGGAAGUGAUGCAUGUUUGAUUUUAGUAGUAUAAAUAUCUUAGUUCUGAAAGAUGUAUAAAGUUUUAUGAACGUGAGUGUCAGCUUCUGAAGAUUGCUUGUAAUUCUUAGCAUUCAAUUUGAGACACUCCUCAAGUGAAAAUAAUUUUGCAUUGCAAAAUGUUUUAGGAUGAACUUUGUUAUAGUUUUAACCCUAAUAAAGUUCAUCAACAUAAUGAACAGUAGCAAGUAUUUAAUUACCAAAUGUUUUUCAUUAAAGUCUAGUGAAAUCAAAAUUUUCAUUAUUUAUAGAGUUACCAUUUUUAGGUUUUUUUUUUUUAUUUCGGUCUAAUUAGUCUUUUUUAAUUCAAAUAUCACAAAAUAGCAUGCUGCUUAAUUUUGCAAGUAAAGAAUUUUUUUUUUUAAAAAAGCUUCUUGGAUUUUUUUUUUACUUGACACAUCUUUGUUUUCCCUUCCAAAUGUAACUUUUUUUUUUCCUGAAAUCUGCUUGUAUUAAAGCUUCAUAAUAUAC